CGUUGUUUGGGUGGUAGCGGAAAGAUGGCAGCUGACACAGGCAGAUACAGGAGCGCUGUCUCCAAAAGCAAAGACCCCUCUGGUUUGCUUAUCUCUGUCAUAAGGACACUGUCCAGCAGCGCUGAUGUGCAGGAUCGAGAGACAGAGAAGGGCCGCCUGGAGGAGGCGUAUGAAAAAUGUGACCAUGAUCUGGACGAGCUGAUCGUUCAGCACUACACAGAACUCACCACGGCCAUCCGCACCUACCAGAGCAUCACAGAGAGAAUCACCAGCUCUCGCAACAAGAUCAAACAGGUUAAGGAGAACCUGUUGUCCUGCAAGAUGCUCCUUCACUGUAAGCGAGAUGAAUUGAGGAAGCUGUGGAUUGAGGGCGUUGAGCACAAACACGUCCUUAGCCUUCUGGAUGAGAUUGAGACCAUCAAGCAAGUUCCUCAGAAACUGGAGGCAUCCAUGGCCAGCAAACACUACCUGCACGCUACAGAUAUGUUGGUAUCUGCUGUGGAUUCUCUAGAAGGACCGCUGCGGCAGGUGGAGGGCCUCAGUGACCUGCGGCUGGAGCUCAACAGCAAGAAGAUGAACAUCCACCUGGUGCUGAUCGAUGAGCUUCAUCGUCACCUCUACAUCAAGUCUACCGGUCGAGUGGGUCACCGUGCCAAAGACAAGGAGAAGGGCAGGUCUGCUUCGAAGGACACGUCUGCUUUGGAUGUCAGCGGUUUGUCCACUCCACGCAAGAUCACCGAACCCUCACAGUUCAGCACUCCAGGAACAUCCAGCAUGCGUGAGCUCCAAGAAAUGAGAGAGCAACUGGAUGUGGACCCAGAGGAAAACAGUGCCGAGUUCAUGGGGAUCCUGAUCAAAGCUUUGGCCAAACUCAAGAAGAUCCCCGAGACCAUUAAAGCCAUCAUGGACCGCCUGGAGCCCGAGCUCAAGCAGAUCCUCAAGAGAUCCACCACCCAGAUCGCAGACCACGCCUACCAGAGAGGAGAGAGCCUGGCACAGGACAACCAGCCCAGGUUGUUGUUGGAACUGAUGGAGCUGUUGUUUGAUAAGUUGAAUGCAGUGGCCCAGGCUCACAGCGUGGUUUUAAGUCACCUGCAGCGGAUUGUGGUCUCUCCCAAUGGAGCCCAAGAGGGAAUCAAACUUUAUGAGCAGGCUGAUGUGUAUGCCAAAAUCCAAACUGUUCUUCAGGUGCUGCUAAUGGACUACCUGGAUGUCAAAAACACACGAAGCGCUGCUGAACCUUCUGUCCAGCUGUCCUAUGCAAGCACUGGUGGAGACUUUGGAGCAUUUUUUGCCAAGAAGAAACCUGUUCGACCCAAACAGUCUUUGUUCAAGUUCGAGUCUUCCUCCCACGCCAUCAGCAUGAGCGCAUACCUGCGAGAGCAGCGACGGGAACUCUACAGCAAGAGCGGGGAGCUGCAAGGUGGAGCUGAUGACAAUUUGAUUGAGGGAGGAGAAACUAAGUUCUUGUGUAAACCAGGAGCGAGAAACAUCACUGUCAUCUUUCAGCCAUUGCUCAAGUUCAUUCAAGAGAUUGAGUCAAGUAUGGGUCCGGCUCAGGCCAAGCAGUGUCAGCUCCGCACCUUCCUCACCUACUACAUCAGCGACCUGUUCCUCAGCCAGGUCCGCACAGAGACCAAUAAGGAGAUCGAGGCUGUGACCAAAGUCUCCGACCCACUCAAGAUCCUGGCCAACGCUGACACCAUGAAAAACCUGGGGGUUCAAAGACCCCUUCUACAAAGUACCGUGGUCGUGGAGAAGUCCAUUCAGGAUCUGACGAGUCUGAUGCAGGAUCUCAGCACAUAUUCCAACCAGUUUCUGGAGAUGGUCUGUGACAAACUCAAGGAGUACAAGGAGAUCUGCAAUACCGCUUACAGGGGUAUUGUACAGUGUGAGGAGAAGUUGGUCAUUAGUGCGUCCUGGGCCAAAGAUGAAGAUAUCAGCCGUCUGCUGCAGUCUCUGCCCAACUGGGCCAGCAUGACUCAACCCAAACAACUCCGACAGAAAAGAGAGGAGGAAGAGGACUUCACACGGGCGGCAUUCGCCAAGGAGUCUGAGGUUUUGACGGGAAACCUGGGUGAUAAGUUGAUUCCUCAGAAUGAGAUUUUGAGGGACGUAAGUGAUCUGAAGGCUCUCGCUAACCUGCAGGAGAGCAUGGAGUGGCUCGCCACCCGCCUCAAGGGCUUCUUCAGCAACCUGACCCAGAGCUCCAGUGUCCCUGCAAGCAGUGAGAGCGUACGCAGUCGAGAGCAGAUCCUCCAGACAUUGAUCGACCUCUCCAGAUCCUUCCAGGACAUUGCCGACCGCUGCCUGUUAGUUCUGCAUCUGGAGGUCAGGGUCCACUGUUUCCAUUAUCUUAUCCCCCUGGCUAAACAAGGCAACUAUGCCAUCGUGGCCAAUGCAGCCAGCAUGGACUACGACCCCCUGGUGGUGAAGCUGAAUAAAGACAUCAGUGCCAUAGAGGAAGUGAUGGGAGCCACCCUGCAGCAGCACAAAUUCCAGUAUAUUUUCGAGGGUCUGGGUCACCUUAUCUCCUGCAUCCUGAUAAACGGGGCUCAGUACUUCAAGCGCAUCAGCGAGUCUGGCAUCAAAAAGAUGUGCAGGAACAUCUUUGUGCUCCAGCAGAACCUCACCAACAUCACCAUGUCACGCGAGGCCGAUUUGGAUUUUGCCAGGCAGUACUAUGAAAUGUUGUAUAACACUGCCGACGAGCUGCUCAACCUGGUGGUUGAUCAAGGGGUGCGUUACACAGAGCUGGAGUACAUCAACGCGUUGAGUCUCCUGCACCGCAGCCAGACGGGCGUGGGAGAUCUGACCGUGCAGAACAUGCGACUGCAGCGCCUCAAAGAGAUCAUCUGCGAGCAGGCUGCAAUUAAACAGGCUACUAAGGACAAGAAGAUCACUACAGUGUAGACACACAAACCAAGAUCGUCUAUACGGCCAUUUGUUACAGUCAUUAGCCUCCAUCACACAUUAAACCGAUCCUGCAAUAAAGCUUUGUAGAUUUGCAUCUGAUUAAUGCUUUUGUUUAGUUUUGCUAUGUCCCCUUUAUUGGUUUGUGAGAUACAUUUCAGAUCAGGGCUUUGCACACACAAACACACUCAUGGAGGGAACGUUCUCAUACCUUGUUUGGUUAAGCCUGGCCACACCUAUCAAAAAGAGGAAGGAUUCUUUCGCUGUGGCUCCAGGACAUUUUCUUCUCAUUUUCUUUCUUUAUCAAAGCGCUGCUCUCAAUUAUAAAAUCUUCCCGCGCGACGUCGCCGUCGUGCCCGGCCUGCAGCUUGUGUCUGGAAUAACAGAUGCCAGAUUAGAAAGGCGGACUUUUAUCAGGCUUAAAGAAACAGCUCAUCCGGUGUUUGUUGAUUUAAUUUUUUCCUCUGGGAAAAGAAAUCGGAAUUGCUUAACUCAUUCAGCAUUUUGUAAUGGUGCAUUGUCAUAUAUAGACAAUGUGUUUGAUGGCCGAAUGACAUAAUUUUCAAAACAUUAACUUGGCUUUGAGCUUUUAUAAAUAGUCAUACUUUAAUCAUGUUUGCAGUUUAAUUCAGAGCUUCUUAUUCAAACAGACACAGAUCACUCUGUUCUUAGCUGUUUUAGUUCAUUAAUUAAAACUAAAUGUACUUAACAAGAAAAAAUGAAAAAGCCCUGUCAAUACAGAACACAGGCAUGAAGCAGAAAGCCACCAUGGCAAUUCAUCAUAAUGACUCUACCCUUCAAACCAAUAAUUGCCAAAGAGAGAGGAACACAGCUGCGACAUAUUUCAUAUUCUCAGCACAUCUGAAUCGUGUGGUGGGAACAAUGUUUCAUGAAUGAUGUAGUCAUGUUAUAUGAAUGAUAUACUAAAAAACUGUGUCUUUGUAUGUUUUAAGUGCAAUUUUGGUGCCCUACUCCUGACUUGUAUGCUCUUAUUAUAGCAUUUUCAAAAUAACCUUUUAAUUACAAAGUUCAUUGAAACUGAAUCAGGUGGGGUUUGCACAAUAUCAGAUAAACACUUUCUAUUUUUUGCAUUAUUUUCUUUUGUGUUCUUUUUUUAAGUUCUCUAUGCUGUGUGUUUAAUGCAAAUCUUACUUAAAGGGAUGUACAUGCUUGUAAAAUACAAUGAGCUGCAUAUUGGGCCUUCAUCAUUGCAGUCCCUUCACAGCCCUGGACUACUGAAUUUGAAAUUACUUUUGCCAGUGUAAAUGUCUAAAUAAAAAUAAAUGAAUUUAAUA